AUGAGUGAUUCAGUGAACGUGAAAAUUGAUGACUUUAAUAAUUUAUCAAUCUUGUUGUGUUCUCUUCCCCCUUUGUUGACAGCACUUACGUGUAACAUAGAGAAGAUUGAUGCUUCCUUGCGCUUUCCUCAUGAGCGUUGGCCUGAAGUUAUCUCGUGGAAACCUAGGGCUUUCCUUUACCACAACUUCUUGACAAAUGAAGAAUGCGAGCAUUUGAUCAGCCUCGCGAAACCUAAGAUGAUGAGGUCAAUGGUUCAUGAUUCAAUAACUGGAGGGGGGAAAGAAAGCAGCGCGAGGACGAGCACGGGAAGUUAUAUUGGAAGAGGACAUGACAAAGUUGUGGAAGAGAUUGAGAAGAGGAUUUCAGAAUUCACCUUCAUUCCUAUAGAAAAUGGAGAAGAAGGUCUUCAAGUAAUCCAUUAUGAAGUUGGCCAGAAAUUUGACCCUCACUUUGAUGGAUUGUCAAGAAUUGCUACUUUCCUUAUGUACCUGUAUAACGUUGAUGAAGGAGGCGAAACAGACUUCCCUAGGUCCAGUGGAGGACUAUCUGUUUCACCAAAGAAGGGAGACGCUGUACUCUUCUGGAACCAGAGGCCUGACGGAUCUCAAGACCCUUCUAGUUUGCACUGUGGUCGUCCAGUAAUCAAAGGAAACAAGUGGGCAUCAACUAAAUGGUUUCACUCUCAGGAGUACGAUGGCUCCUACAAUACACAACUACAUUAA